AUGGCUUCCAGUCUUCCCCUUCUUCUGUGGCUUCUGUGUAGUCUGACUGUGGCUGAAGCCCAGAUUAAGCUGUUUAACCUGUCGGCCAGCGAUCUUCCCUCCAACAUCCUGGGAAUCACAGACGGCUAUGUCAAGGUGUUCUGUGGCUCUGCCCCUCUAGGUGAAACAUCUGUUCGCAACAACAACCCAAACCCCUGGUGGGAGGAGGAGUUCAUCUACUUCAAGGCCCAGGAGAAUGACAUACUGAGGCUUGAGGUGUAUGACAGCGACCUCUUCUUUGAUGACCUGCUGGGAGUUUGCCAACGUCAGAUCAAACAGGGAACCCAUGAGCACGACUGCUUCCUGGAGAAAGGCGGCACUCUCCAUUACACCUAUACCCUUGGUAGCAAAAGUAAUUAGGUUUGUAUAGAUGUAUGAGACCUUUGGCCGUUGCAGUCAUCCUGUAUUUACCACAGCAUGACUACAUCUUGAUGUCUGAUUGUAAUAGGCUAGUC